CUGGGUUUACAGGUGUGAGACCCCAUGCCCAGCCUAGAUAUUUCUUUUAAACAGUAGAAUACUAUUGCAAUACAUAUUUUCCUUUAACAUAGAUAGGAGUCAACAAUAAUUAAGUUUUUCAACAUGCUUGCUUUGCAUCUAGGAAGUCUCUUGGGUGAACAGUCAAUAAAUAGUUUUCAAGCACCAGCUCUGAGCUAGGUUGUGAGUUGGAUAUGCAGACCUUUGAGAGAGACUUAAAGGAUAUGCUUCUGCCCUCAGGGAGUCCCCAUUCCAGAGGUGACAUGGAGACGCACACAAGUAGGAGCCCAGUGCAAACUAGGGCCCUGGGUCAACUUUCAUGGUGAUUAAGAAUCUCACCUCGGGACCAGGCCUGCUUUUGGCUGCAUCGACUGGGGAUCCUUGGCACCAGGUAUGUGCAUCUGGGACCGACCCCCUGGGCUGGCUAAUCAAGGAGGAAGCAACAGCAGUGUCUGCUGUGGGGGCUGCAGCUCUGUACCUGCAUCAUCCUGGUGAUAGUCACAGUGGCCAAGUGGGUUUCUUGGGGGCCCAGCUUCCUCCAGAGGUGGCAGCAAUGGCCCAGCUACUAGGGGACCUAAACAGGAGCACGUUCAGAAAAUUGCUGAAGUUUAUGGUCAGCAGCCUGCAAGGGGAGGACUGCCGAGAGGCUGUGCAGUGUCUUGGGGUCAGCACCAACCUGCCAGAGGAGUGGCUAGGUGUCCUGCUGGCAGGCAUGCACACGCUGCUCCAGCCGGCCCUCCAUCUGCGCUCCACCAGCCUGAAGCCCAACACCUUCAGGGACCAGCUCCAGGAGCUCUGCAUCCCCCAAGACCUGGUCAGGGACUUGGCCAGCAUCGUAUUUGGGAGCCAGCGACCCAUCCUUUAUUCUGUGGCCCAGCAGCCAGGGGCCUGGCUGCCCCAUGUUGCUGACUUUCAGUGGUGGGUGGAUGUGACAAUCUCCACCAGUGCCCUGGCUCACUCCCUGCAGCUGAGCGUCCUGAUGCAGCUGAAGCUUUCAGAUGGGUUAGCAUACCGCUUCGAGGUCCCCAUAGCCAAGUUCCAGGAGCUGUGGUACAGCAUGGCCCUGGUCCUAAAGGAGAUGGCAGAUCUGGAGAAGAAGUGUGAGUGUGGCCUGCAGGACUGACCCCUCACAUGACCAGUCCCAUUCAGGUCAGGCUUGGACAGGCACCUCAGAAGGUGCCAAAGUGCAGCUGAUUCUUCCCAGGACAGCCCUGCCCUUCCCAUGAGGCAGACUCUUCAUCCAGGUGCUUUUGUAGAUCUUGUAUUUUAGGUUGGGCAUUUUCAUUCUUCUGCCUUAAAUCCCUGACCUCACAGAGCUGACAUUCUAGUGGGGCUGUGGGGAGGAGAAAUAUUAUAAAAUAAAUAAUAAAAUUUUUUUUUGAAAAAGAAACUUGCCUCUUCCCUUAGCCCCAACUCAACUUCCCUCUUUUCCAAAAGUAAAAGACCUUAUGCUUUCCACAAGAACAUAAAGACACGUGAAUAACCUAACAGGAAAUUAGCCACAUUUGGAAAGAGCCCAGCAGUCAUAAACUGUAUUAUAUCUCUUUUCUUUUCCAAAUAAAGUCAGAGGUUGUUUGUACAAACAUAGACUUAUCUCAAAAAGAAAAUACAUUGACUUCAGGCUUUCAUUGAGUCAGUUUGUUGUUUACAUUUCUGUACUGCAGAAUGCCUGAGAGGACACUCUAGUGAAGAGGUUGCUGGUAAAUGCCCUUAAUAUAAAAACAUUUAGAAAUUGUAGCAUUUUAUUUAGCAUCGAUAGGACCACAGAAGGCAAAAAAAGAGGGUACAGGAGGGGGCGAAGUUGUUUCAAGGAAAUCUAUGCAGCUGCUAAUUGUCUUCAAGGCUGUUAGAAAGUACUGGAAUCCCACAGGAUAUACUUUAAGUGACACCAGAAACAGUUGAAAAACAAACAUGAAAAUGGAAAUGGGCCAUGCGAAAGAUUAUCAUCUACCAUCUAUAGAGGAAAACAAGGCGCACACAGGAUGAACUAAAGCUCUAGGUCUUUUAAAGCUUCUCUGUAGUGUUUGGCCAUAUAGUCCCACAUGCUACGGUCUUGGUUAUUCUUUCUCAUGAUGCUGUAGGGGAAGAUAAAUUCGGGCUGCAGUGUGGUCAUACCACUGAAAAUACAACUUCAUGUUUCUGGGCCAUUCCCUUAUUGGUGAAAUAGUGGCAUUGGACCAGAUUUUCGUUUUUCAAACUGUGCUGUAGAAGUCAUCAGAUGCUUCCAGAUCUUCCAAGGGAAUGGAGAUACGAGGAAACCAAGGGGGAGCUUUGCCUACUCCUCCAGCUCUGCCAUUAUUAUUAUUGUUAUUUUUA